UCUCUCUCAACUUCCUCGGUGUUUCUCCGUGGGCGUCUCAGGCGGAAUCUUUGAGAAACAGUUCGGAGAGAUGCCAACAUCCGUCCCAUAGUGAUUGAAACACCGAAAACGCCAAGCAAAUGCUCCGGCAUUAUCUUUUGUUUUUAUUUACAACUUGCUUCCUCAAAUUUCUUCUCAGUAUCUGAAUUUUAUCCUAAACUAAGCUACCCCAUCAUCUUCCAUGGCUGCUAAUUUCGCCAUGCUUAAACCUUGUUCUUCAUUUUCAGCUACCUCAUCUGUUCAGAGGAAAUUUCGUGCUCAUAGAUCAGUUGCGACUACCCCAUUUUCCUCAAUUUAUCCACAAUGUCAAGCCGGAGCUUAUGGUUUAUGCGUCGUUAAAUGUGCUUCUUCAAAUGGGAAGGGGCCUAAUUCGUUGGAUAAUGGAGUUAAAAAAGUGGAGAGGUUACUUGAAGAGAAACGGCGAGCAGAAUUGUCUGCGCGGAUCGCUUCUGGCGAAUUUACCGUCGAAAAAACUGGUUUUUCAUCUGUACUGAGGACCGGUUUGUCAAAGAUGGGUGUUCCCAGUGAGAUUCUGGAUUUACUAUUUGGAUUAGUCAAUGCUCAAGAUGAAUAUCCCAAGAUUCCUGAAGCUAAAGGAUCAAUAAAUGCAAUUCGUAGUGAGGCCUUCUUCGUGCCUCUGUAUGAGCUUUAUCUCACGUAUGGUGGAAUAUUUAGAUUGACAUUUGGGCCGAAGUCUUUCUUGAUAGUGUCUGAUCCUUCCAUUGCUAAACAUAUACUAAAGGAUAAUCCAAAGAAUUAUUCUAAGGGUAUUUUAGCUGAAAUUCUUGACUUUGUCAUGGGGAAGGGACUUAUACCAGCUGAUGGAGAGAUAUGGCGUGUACGAAGGCGGGCUAUAGUCCCUUCGUUGCAUAUGAAGUAUGUAGGAGCUAUGAUUAAUCUUUUUGGAGAAGCCGCAGAUAGGCUUUGCAAGAAGCUAGAUGCUGCAGCAUCUGAUGGAGUAUAUUUGGAAAUGGAGUCCCUCUUCUCCCGUCUGACUUUAGAUAUCAUUGGCAAGGCAGUUUUUAACUAUGACUUUGAUUCACUUACAAAUGACGCUGGCAUAGUUGAGGCUGUUUAUACUGUUCUAAGAGAAGCAGAAGAUCGCAGUAUUGCACCAAUUCCGGUAUGGGACAUUCCAAUUUGGAAGGAUAUUUCACCACGGCAAAGAAAGGUCUCGAAAGCUCUUAAAUUGAUCAAUGAUACUCUCGAUCAACUAAUUGCCAUAUGCAAGAGGUUGGUUGAUGAGGAGGAGCUGCAGUUUCAUGAGGAAUACAUGAAUGAUCAAGAUCCUAGUAUCCUUCAUUUUCUUUUGGCAUCUGGAGAUGAUGUCUCGAGCAAGCAGCUUCGUGAUGAUUUGAUGACUAUGCUUAUAGCUGGGCAUGAAACAUCUGCUGCAGUCUUAACAUGGACCUUUUAUCUUCUUUCAAAGGAGCCUAGGGUCAUGGCCAAGCUCCAAGAGGAGGUUGAUUCAGUGCUCGGAGAUCGUUUUCCAACAAUUGAAGAUAUGAAGAACCUCAAAUAUGCUACACGAAUAAUUAAUGAGUCCUUGAGGCUUUACCCACAGCCCCCAGUUUUAAUACGUCGAUCUGUUGAUAACGAUAUGCUCGGGAAGUACCCCAUAAAGAAGGGUGAGGACAUAUUCAUAUCUGUUUGGAACUUGCAUCGCAGUCCAGAACAUUGGGAUGAUGCUGAUAAAUUUAAUCCUGAAAGGUGGCCUUUGGAUGGGCCUAAUCCUAAUGAGACAAAUCAAAAUUUCAGAUAUUUGCCAUUUGGUGGGGGACCACGGAAAUGUGUGGGAGACAUAUUUGCUUCAUAUGAGACUGUUGUAGCACUUGCCAUGCUUGUCCGACGAUUUGACUUCCAAAUGGCACUUGGAGCACCUCCAGUAAAAAUGACGACAGGAGCUACAAUUCACACGACGGAUGGAUUGCAAAUGACAGUUACACGAAGAAUGAAACCUCCAAUCAUAUCCACUUUAGAGGUGCCUGAUAUGGUUGUUGAUUCAUCUGUUAGUUUCUUGAAAAAUGAAACACAAGUUCAAGGAGAAGUUUCUUCUGCGCAUUCCUAAUGAUACUGUAGCAAUCUCAUUGUGGUUGAGAUUUAAUUCACUCAUAGUAAGAAGAUGCAGGAGAGAGAGAGAGAGAGAGAGGAACUUUAAACCGAUCCUCGAGUUCCUAUCUUCUGAGGAUUGAUGAUAUUUUCAAUAUUUUCAAUUGGUCGGAUGAAGCCCAGUUUGUGAAAGUCAUCAGUUGCACAUAGAAUGGUUUGUAUAUGUAUAGAAACUAUUCUUAUUAUUAGAUAUUUAUAAAGAUAUAUGUAUUUCCUUGUUUAAA